AUGAAUGUGGACCCAAGACAUAAAGAAGGUUGGAUCAUAGUUGAAAAUAAAUUUGGAAACGAUGGCAUCUUAGUUUUACUGCCUUCUAUUCUCAUCUCCAACCAACCGAAUGGAAAAGUUUUAAAAUAUUCCGAUAAACUUUUCUCAAUGCUGAAACUUUCUCUUUACGAAGGAUUUCUGUAUAGCUUUCUGAACCAAUAUGAAACUUGA